CCCAAUUGUCCAGGUUCCAGUGUCAACAAUCAUGAUCGAUUGGUUUUAUCGCUCCGCUGGCCCAAGGGGGCACCUGCAGUCUGACGGCGAAAUCGCAAACAAUUGGAGUCCCUCUAUUAUUGGUUAGCCACGGAAAAGCGAUGAUAAUGAGAUAGCCAGCCAGCCAGCCCUCUCAGUUCCCAAAACAGUGUGCAAACAUAACCCAGUUUUGACAGAUCUAAGAUCAAAGUAAUGGACACUCGUUGAGGUUCAAUGACUCGAUCGAUCGGCGACUUCGGCCAGAAAGCCAGCCAGUUAAUAGGCGCAACUAGCCUGGCUUGAAUAUUCAUGCCGGUAGGUGACGAACCGAGCUUCUUACCAAAUAUUGACACGCCGUUGCUUCUAACACGAAAAUCUCAUCACCGCAUCGCUGCCAGCGCCGCUGUAUCUUCUUCGGAUUCUUCGGUCCCAAGAAGUGCUAUAUAAGCGCUGCGACCCCCAAAAGAUCCACACAGUCGAUGUGAAAGUGCGUGGGUGAAUAGAACCUGAGUGAAACCGAGGAUUAUGAUUGGAUAUACGCUGCUGCUUCCGCUGGGAUUAUUGGCCAUUGCGCAGGCGCAAACGCUGAAUGACACAAGCGGUUCUCUGGCCGUCGCCCAGGAGCCUGGCAUGUGGCGCCAGGCCAGGCGGAGGAGUGUCCUGGCGGACAGCUGCGUCACGAACAGCGGCACCACCGGCACCUGCCUCACUCGCUUCAAGUGCAUGCGGCAAUCGGGCACAGUGAAUGGAUAUUGCGGCACCUACGGCGUUUGCUGUGAAACCAACCUACAAGUGGGCACUUCUACGCGACAGAAGCGAACGAUUAUCAAGAAUCCCGGCGUUUUGUCCAGCGAUUUGAACACCUACACCAUCGAAGCCUUUAGCAGCAAUGUGCAGCAAUUGCGAAUCGACUUCGAGCAGUUCGUGAUGCAGCAGCCCACGGAUGUGGAUGGAGUCCUUGAGUGCCAGGACUACUUUGAGGCGGGUGGCUUCAAGUUGUGCGGAGUAAACGAUGGCCAGCACCUGUACCUGCCCUUCAAUGCGGCUGCGGGAGUCGAUCAGGUGACCCUAACAUUUGUAGUGACCUCCAGAGGAACUGCACCCGUUUGGAGGUUGAUCGUAACCCAGCUGGAAGGUCCACCAGCGAAUAGCCGACGGCGUUCGAGCACUUCUACCGGCCUGGGAACCUCCACCAAUUCUCUGCAGGAUCUGAGAGACAUCUUUGCCUCGCACCACGCUGACUAUGAGCUACUUGCUCCGCCCGGCUGCCAGCAGUACUACACCGAUCUGUCGGGCACCAUUCGCAGCUUCAACUUCCAGACUUCGGUGACUAGCAACUAUAUGCCCGACUUGAGCUAUAACAUUUGCAUCAAAUCAGCUACAACCGCCAGCAUGAUUGAAUACUCCUUCAGCAAGUUUUCAAUGUCCGUGCAGUCGGACUCCAGCGAGGGCUACGAUGAGUUCUGCCACGCCACUGUCCACACGACCGGCAGACAGGAGGACUACUUGAUGAUACCGCAGAGCAUUCUGGCCAAGAACAUGGCCUACCAGCCCACCUACUACUGCGGCACCAACGACAACCUGCUGGUUUAUGCCUCGCCGCCCUACAUGAUGCACUUCUCCAGCGAUGACCUCACCUUGAAUCGGGAUGUGGAGACGGGCUUCAGUAUGACGUACCGCCAGAGGAAUUCGCUACUUUAAGCACUCAUUUGUUUUCACCUAGAAUUGGAUAGUUUCUUGCCUCAACCAUUAAAUAAACUCGAAUGUCUUUAAGAGAAA